AUGACCGCCACUGCUGUAGCCAAGAAGGCCGUGAAAUGGCACAAACUCUCGUACGCCCAGUUCAUCCUGCACGAGUCCAAGCGUGAGCACUUCCAGCCUUUUCUUCUUGCUGGCGUGGCUGCGUGGGUGAUCUGCGGCAUUCUUCCCACGCGCGGGGCGACGCAGGAGGACAAGGAGAAGAGCAACUACUGGAAGCGCACGAACGGCAAAUUCGACUACAGCCACCACUAG